GUCAUGCUUAUGUUGCUUUAUUAGCUAGUCUGUCCGUGUAAAACAACAAAUUGUACAUAUUAGAGUCACGGAAAAAAAUUGACAGGAAGUAUAUUUUCUACGUUUCAGCCAAUCAGUAUGAUUUCCACUUUGUUAGCUUUGAUCCCCUUGUGACUAAAUCUUCCAUUUGAGUGGGAUGACAUCAGUUGUGCAAGAGAAGACAUCAGUCUGUACAACGAUGAUUGGAAGACUAGCUUCUUUAAUUCUUCUAAGUACAUUGUCCCUUGUUCAAACUUCAGAGGUUCCUGACCGGAUCUCUUUGACUGUGGUUGAACUUGGAGAUAACGUGUCUCUGACAUGUACAGUCUUUGGGAAUGAAGCCGGGUUGUUUUACUGGUACAAGCUGAAGUUUGGACAUAUGGUCCAAACAGUUGCAACAGGAACGUUUAGCAAAAUAACAUCUCAAGAACCAUUUACCAACUCCAGAUUCACAGUAACAACUGUGAACGCUCAGCAUGUUCUCAACAUCAGAAAUGUAAGCAAAGAAGAUGAAGCAACAUACUUGUGUCAAGCAGGAUCAGCAUACACAAUGGCGUUUAUUAACAGCACACUUUUGGCUGUGAAUGAUCAUGAAAACUUGCAGAAAUCUGUCCAUGUGAAACAAAGUCCGGAGACAGAGUUGGUCCAGCCGGGCGACUCAGUGACUCUCCAGUGUUCACUUCUCUUCAAGACAAAAGGAAACACAGAUCAGUGUCCAGGUGAACGCAGUGUGUACUGGUUCAGAUCUGGAUCAGGAGAAUCUCAUCCAGGCAUCAUUUACACUCACAGCAACGAAGAAGAGGAAAGAAGUUGUGUCUACAGUCUGUCCAAAACUAUACAGAACUCCUCUGACACUGGGACUUACUACUGUGCUGUGGUCACGUGUGGAGUGAUCCUGUUUGGUGAAGGAACUAAAGUGGAGACAAGACAAGAGCUGUGCCCAUUUGUCAUUGUGCUUGGAACGAUGCUGGUUGGCUGUGUGAUUGUGAUUGCUGUUCUAAUUAUCUUCAGAAAGCAAAAGCCAAUUUGGGAACAUUGUGAAGGACAAACUUCCAAUCUGGCUCAACAUGAGGAUCAACCAAGGAAUAUGGAUUUUGAAGAGAGGGCCCUGAACUACGCAGCACUGGAUUUCCCCUCAAGAAAUGCCAAAGGAUGGAAGAAUACCAGGGAGUUGCCACAAGACUGUUUGUACUCUGGCAUGGCAGACAUUUAGUGAAGUGCUGUAACCAUGAAGAAUGUCUCAUAUGUUCAUUGUCACAUAAAAUGACUUCCAUGCAGCUUUGCUUUGUGUUUAGGUGUAUAAGAUGAGAAGAGAGAUUUUUUUUGCAGUAAUUAUGUUGUUAACAGCUAAUCAGUGAUCUUUGUUUAGGAUAGAGACAUCACUUGUGCUUUACGAUGCUGCUUAGAUGAAACCAAAACAGAUUGUUCAUCAUUAUUCUUACCCUGUAGAACCAUUCGUGUCAUAUUUGUUAUGCAAUUUUCUGAAACCUCUAUCUCAUCAACUUUGUCAAAAAUGUCCUCAAACACCUGUUGUAUGUGAUCUGAUACAUGUAUUCCGCCCUCUAGUGGAUUAUCAUUUCACUGCAAGCAGUGGAAGGCCUUUUUUGACCUUUUCAAAUUGGCUGCUGUCGUUAAAUCCCCCACACAUUUUUGGCAGGAAACAAAUUGCUAAUUU